UCUUUCGAGAUGAAAGAGAAGAGAACCGAAUGCCUCAAUCGAAGCCACCAAUAACCCCGACUGAACCCAUAGGCAUGUGGUAGAAUGUCUUUGAAAUUAGGGUUUUAGUUGGUGACUGUAUCUCUCUCCUCGCGUCCUCCAACCACCAACCACUCCAUCUUCGAUUCUCAUUUUAUAAAUCUCGUAAAAAGAAGAAAAUGGCUUCAACUGGGGCGCAAGCAUCUUUGAAGAGACGUGAUUCGACGCUGACUAGAGAAUCAGAUAUCAUGACUAUAACUCCAUUAGGAGCUGGAAGUGAGGUUGGGAGAUCUUGUGUCUUCAUGACCUUCAAGGGGAAAACUAUCAUGUUUGAUUGUGGGAUUCAUCCUGGGUUUUCGGGCAUGGCUGCUUUGCCUUACUUUGAUGAAAUCGAUCCUUCUACCAUUGACGUUCUUCUCAUUACUCAUUUUCACUUGGAUCAUGCUGCAUCCCUUCCCUAUUUUCUGGAAAAGACCACCUUCAAGGGAAGGGUCUUCAUGACUCAUGCAACCAAGGCUAUUUACAAGUUGCUUUUGUCCGACUUUGUGAAAGUGAGUAAAGUUUCAGUUGAAGACAUGUUAUUUGAUGAACAAGACAUCCUACGUUCUAUGGAUAAAAUUGAGGUAAUUGACUUCCAUCAAACCCUAGAAGUCAACGGCAUCCGCUUCUGGUGUUACACAGCCGGACAUGUCCUUGGUGCGGCCAUGUUCAUGGUAGACAUAGCCGGUGUUCGUGUACUCUACACGGGUGAUUACUCACGUGAAGAGGACCGCCAUCUUCGAGCCGCUGAGCUACCUCAGUUUUCCCCAGAUGUAUGCAUAAUCGAGGCAACUUAUGGAGUCCAACUUCACCAACCGAGACACAUUCGUGAGAAACGGUUCACAGACGUCGUCCAUUCAACCGUUUCACAAGGAGGCCGCGUCCUAAUUCCCGCUUUUGCCCUUGGUCGUGCACAAGAAUUACUGUUAAUCCUUGACGAAUACUGGUCAAAUCACCCCGAGUUACACAAUGUCCCGAUAUAUUACGCGUCCCCACUCGCAAAACGUUGCAUGGCCGUCUAUCAAACUUACAUAAACGCAAUGAAUGAAAGGAUCCGUACCCAAUUUGCAAGUUCGAACCCGUUUGAUUUCAAGCAUAUUUCACCUUUAAAAAGUAUCGAGGAAUUUAACGAUGUGGGACCGUCGGUGGUGAUGGCUAGUCCAGGUAGUCUUCAAAGUGGGUUAUCUAGACAGUUAUUUGACAAGUGGUGUGCCGAGAAGAAAAACGCUUGUCUCAUACCUGGUUAUGUCAUUGAAGGUACAUUAGCGAAAACCAUAAUCAACGAGCCUAAAGAAGUCACUCUUAUGAACGGGUUAACCGCACCACUCAACAUGCAGGUGCACUACAUUUCAUUCUCGGCUCACGCUGAUUCCGCUCAGACGACUACUUUUCUCGAAGAACUUAUGCCUCCGAAUAUAAUUCUCGUUCAUGGUGAAGCCAACGAAAUGGGCCGGCUUAAACAAAAGCUUAUAACGCAUUUCACAGACCGCAACACUAAACUCUACACUCCAAAGAAUUGCCAGUCUGUUGAAAUGCCGUUUAAUGUAGAGAAAAUGGCAAAGACGAUUGGGAAAUUAGCUGAACAAACUCCAGAUAAUGGUGAAAACGUAAGCGGGUUAUUAGUGAGAAAAGGGUUCUCGUAUCAGAUUAUCGCACCCGAUGAUCUUCACGUAUUUUCUCAGCUUUCGACUGCUAAUGUCACCCAAAGGAUAACCAUCCCGUAUUCCGGUGCAUUUGGUGUAAUAAAACAUAGACUCAAACAGAUAUAUGAAAGCGUCGAGUCUGUACCAGAUGAGGAAUCCGGGGUGUUGACUUUGCGGGUUCAUGAACGGGUUACAGUGAGGCAAGAUUCAGAGAAUCAUCUGUCAUUGCAAUGGACGGCUGACCCGAUCAGUGACAUGGUGUCGGAUUCUGUUGUGGCUUUGGUGUUGAACGCGAGUCGGGAAAUGCCAAAAGUGGUGGAAGAAGUGAAAGAUGAAGCGGUUGAAGAACAGAAGAAAAGUGAGAAGGUAGUGCAUGCUCUGUUAUUGAACUUGUUUGGGAAUGUCAAAUAUGGGGAAGAUGGAAGGUUGGUGAUAACUGUGGACGAAAACGUGGCGUAUCUUGAUAAACAAAAAGGGGAAGUCGAGAGCGAAAACGAGGGUUUGAAGGAACGAGUGAAAGUGGCAUUUCGGAGAAUUCAAACCGCUGUGAAGCCCAUUCCGGUAUCGGGUAUGUGAUGGUAGUUUUCUUGUUUAGAUGUCGGUUUAUAGUCUAGUCGUCCAAACUGUGCACUCUCGUGGAGUCGUUUAUGAAUCUUGUGUUGUUUGGUGGUUAUAGUAAUCAUUGUAUUGUUGUUGAUGAAAACAAGGAGAUAUUGGUUCUAUAUUCGGUUUCAAACUGACUAAACAAAACAAAACUCAACACCAACCGGAAUUUAAAUGAUUUUACACA